AUGACCAGCAACGUGGAAUUUCGUCAAACCAAGUCCAACUUGCCAUUGGGCCAAGAUAAUGCAGCCAAUUGCACAGUAUGUGAUGCUUCGUUUAAGACACUGCAAGAGUGUUUGGCCCACGAAUUACUCAAGCACACAAUCAUGACACUGACGAAGCUGCCCAAACGCCUCGGUGCCAUCUCCAAACUCUCUGCCAGCGAACAAACCCAAUCCGAACGACGCCUGCUGGAGGAAUUGCUCGUCCAGUUACCACCUGGACAGCAACUGAAAGCCGUAUUGUCAUUCUAUGCUGGCAAUAGUGCUAAAUUGGAGGAAUGCUUUGUGGAAGUGCGCAAGGACAUAGAGAAUCAGCUGCAUGGCAUUCCAUUGGCUAUCUAUCCAUAUGGCUCGUUUGUCACGGGUUUGGCUUUGAAGGAUAGCGAUAUUGAUUUGUAUUUGAAAUCCAUUGACGGCAAUUCGAAUGCAAUGUCGCAUAGUCAAUUGUACGAGGAAAUCAACCGCCUUUUGCGUCACACGGAUUGCUUUUCAGAUGUGAUUGCCAUACGAAAUGCUGGAGUUCCAAUCAUUCGUUUCAAGCAUGUGGCGAGCGGCUUGCGUCUGGACAUCAACAUGUCCCAUCCGAAUGGCAUCCAUAAUUCUCGCUUUGUGGCCGAACUGUUGAAUCGAGAUGUACGCCUGCGUGAGCUGUUCUUGUUCGUAAAGAUUUGGGCCAAGAAACUGUUGAUUAUUGGCAAAGCCAUGACAAGCUAUUGCCUGAUUACGCUCAUCAUUUAUCAGCUGCAACAGCAACGACACUUGCCCUCGAUAAAGAAGCUGCAGUCUGGCAUUCCUGUCUCCGAUGUUGGAGGCAUUAACUAUGCGUAUAACCUUGAGCAUGUGCCAGCUUUGCCGGAUUUUUUGACCACCUUUGAUCUGAUCAGCGGAUUCUUUGAUCUCUACAGUGACAUGGACUUUGAGAAGAAGAUGCUGUCGCCGUAUUUGGGUCAUGCCUUGGAUGUGGAAGCAGCGUUCACGGUUCCGGGAAACUUUCCCGAAUACAAUGCCCAAGUGCUAGCCAUCGAGACGGCCAGGCAAGAGCGCAUCAAACCGUUUAAUGUUGAAUGUGACGUUUUCGUGCAGGAUCCAUUUGACCUAUCGCGCAAUCUGGGUCAAUACAUAUCAAAAACGCAACUAUCCUAUCUCAAUCAGUGCUUGGCAGCGGCAAACGAGGCAUGCAACGAUGCCAAAUUAAAGUCAACGCCGCCCAAAUUUUAUGACUACUUGCUGUUUGGGCUUGCCGAGCAUCUGGUGGAGGAACAUCGCUUGGGCUACGUGCUCCCAGCUAAGCAACGCCAACAGCUGACAAAGAAAGCAGUGAAGACUGCCGAUGCACUGCCAAAGCGGAUGAACGCCAACAGAUGCCAAAGAAAGCAGUGA